AUGAUAAUUGGCAAAUUAUACGGAUAGUAUUCCUUAUCCAAUCAAGUGUUAAACCAAUCAAUAUUAAUUGAUUUCCAAAUAGUUUAAUAAAUUGAAGUCGACUAAUCAGAUUAGAAUUACCUGACCUUUGGAAUUUGGUCAAAAUACAACCCAUUAGCUAAUGUAAAAUUAAAGGGUGCUUAUGGACUAUUUGACAGUAAUUGCUUUUAGAUAUUAAAUUCAGUCGAUUACACUACUUCAAGUUUGAAUUUUAUUUACUAUGAUUGUAUUUAUGAUACCACAAAAGAGAUCAAAAAAUUCAUAUAGUUUGGAUUCAGUUAGACUGAAUAGUUUAUAUUUUCAUUACAAAUAGAGCAUUCUGAAUAUGAAGAUUUUUGGUAUUUUUUUUAAAUCAUCACGAAUAUCUAGAAAAAAAGUGUAGAAUUAAGAAUUUAUUUUUAAAUUAAUUAGAUAUUUUAAGAAAUUCUCCAGCUCUCUUUGCCUAAUAAGGAUUAGCAAUUACUAUUUACUUUUGGGGGAAGUUUAAAAGUAGAGAAUUCAAACAUUGAAUUAAUCAAAUAAGGAACAAUAUUCUCGCUUUAUCCAGGCUAAUUAAUUUUAUAUAACAAGGAGAUGUAGAGAAUACCUUAAGAUUAUGAUUUUAGGUUGUAAUUUACCGAAUUUUAUAAGGAGAUAGAAAUUUGUGCAUGUGUAAUCGAUUAUGAUAUCGCAAAGAGCAAUGUUCAUUUACUAUUAUUAGAUCAACAGACUAAAGUUUUGCAGAAUAUGAAUUGCAAUUCAUACGUACUUGCUGGAUGGCUCUAGAUAUCACAAGUUCACCAAGAUUCUGAAUAAUUUGUUUAUUAGUUCAUGAAAAUAAGUACAAAUGUGGAUGGAAUAUAAGAUGAAAAUUUAGCAACAUUUCAGUUUUUUUAUCAAAUAUCUCCUGUUCAAAACAAAAUCAUAAUAACAACUUAUAAAUACAAUUUUCCUUCUGUUACCUAAGACUUUUGGAGUAAUCCAUUUAUUAUUAGAAGAGAAUUACUAAUAUAAAAUGCUAUUACUUCAUGGUAAUAUAUAUAUGUAAAUCUGCAAGAAAACGUGUUAGAUUUCUCAAUUAUCUUUUAUGAAGCUUAGAAUACUUAAUCAUAUGAAACCUCAAUUGAUGUUAAGCAAUUUCAUAAUUAUUAAUUAAAAAUUACAUACGGAAACAUUUAAUAAACAAAAUUAGAUUAUUUAGAUGUAAUUGUUAGAGAUUUGCUAUUUAUCAAUUGUGUUUAAGAUUUAAAAUAAUAAAAAUGUCAUUACAGUUGUUAAGAAUGUGAUGGUCCCACUAAGUAUAAUUGUUUAACUUGUUCUGCUGAAUCAAAAAGAAUUUUUAUUCCGGAAUCAAAAUAAUGUACUUGUUAAUUAGGUACCAUCGAUUAUGAUAAUUAAUGCAUUGAUUAUGUAGACUAAAACCUUUAGUUAAACCUUUAGUUUAAUGUUAAACAAACAAGAAAAUUAAAUUGUAAAAUGGGUUACUUUGAAUUUGAUGGAGAAUGUAUGAAAUGGUAAAUAUCAUGUUUAUUAUUAUUUAGCCCUUAAGGAAUCUAUAAAGAUUUCUUAAUUUGCCGUGAUUGUUUUUAAAAUGUAGAAACAUGGAGCUUAAAUCCUGUUUGUACUGAAGUUUUAGAUGUAACUUCAAUAUUUGGUUAAUAUGAAAAACCUAAAAUCGACAAUUUUUAUUUUUAUGAUUCUUCUGACCUAAUCUCUACCAAAACCCAUCAGGAUAAGAUUGAAAUAAUUGGUAUGCAGGAUGAGUUCCAACUUUUUGAAAAUUUCAGAUAGAGUUCAUAAAUUUUCUUCUCUCUUUGCAAUGCAAGAGGAAGCAUGUAUGAUUAAUAAUUAUGUUAUCCUUGCACAAUUAAUUAUUGUUAGAGUUGCGGCUUCACCAUAAAUAAUGAUAUUUUUUGUUUAAAAUGCGAUGAUCAACAUAAACUUGUUGAUGGUUCAUGUAAUAUAUACGAAUAUUUUAAUUAUGCAUCAUGUUUGCCUCCAUAUUAUGCAUCUUUCUCAAGGGAAUGUAAGUUAUGCACAUUAGAGAAUUGCUUAUAUUGUUUUGAAUUUACACUAGUUUCGGAACUUGAAAUUAGCAUUGAAUUUGAUAAUUUAUAUGAUUCUCACGCUGAGUUUGCAAUAGGUUGUAUGUUAUGUGAAAAAGAUUAUAAUUUUAAUUUCAAUUUUGGAAGAUGUUUAAAAAAAGCUCCAUCUAUGAUUAAUUGUCUAGCAUCUGUUACAAAACCAACAAAUGAAGAAAUAUGUUUAACAUCUUCUUUAGAUAAUUUUCAAGUUUCAAGAGAGAUAAAUCGUUGCGAUUCAUUAAUAACCAAUUGUUCUCUCUGUUUUCUUGAUAAUAAUAACAAAUUAACAUGCUUAGCUUGCGAGUCUAAUUAUGUAUUAUUUAGUGGAAUCUGCUAUGAAGGCGAUGAAUAAAGUGCUUCUUAUUCAAAACAAUUCUGGAGUUUGAAGGUAACAAGUUUUUUAACCAACUUUUAUUAAAAUUAUAAUUAUGAAUAACCUCCUGAAUUAAAUCCAUGUGGAGAUUAGUGUGUAACAUGCAAACUAUCAUUAGGGGAGUAUUAUUGUGAAAAAUGCUUUUAAGUAGAUUUAAAUCCGUUUUUAAAACGUAUAAAUUAGAUGUGUAAAUAUUGUUCUGCACUUUGUCAGAUUUGUGAUGAACGAUUUGAAUUUGAAAUCAAAGUAAAUAUAGAUUGAUUUUAUUUAGAAAACGGCACCAUUCCUUUAAACCACAUAUCUCAGGACCCCCUAUACAACUAAUUGUAUUUUCCCUUUAAUAGAUCCUUUUAUUAAUUACAACCCUUAUUUAUAAACUACUUAAUAUUGUUUGGAAGGCGAUUGCAAUAAUGAACUAACUUAUGAAUAUAUUGAAAGAUUAUGUUUUUUUGAUAGAUUUCCAAAAUAUCUAGAUGAUUUAGGAAUUCAAGCUGAAUAUUUGAAUACUAUUGGAGUUGUUUCUAUGACCAUAAUUAUUAGAAUAGAAAUACAAGAUGAAUAUUGUGUUCUCAUGCCUUCAUUAGUAACAACUGCUACUUUAAAAUUUUAAGUAUUUACUUUAUAGGUCAUUCAUUUAAAAUUAUUAGCAACUUACCCCUUUUUCUUAGAAAUUCCUUCUUAGACUUUUAUAUAAGAGUACGAUUCCUUUACAAUGAUUGACUAUGGAAUAGUUUUCCCUUAUUUAAAUAAUUAUGAUCUUAAUAUAAGUAAUAGUUAUAAUGAAGUAAAUUUUACAUUGAUAAACGUUACUAUAAAAAAUAGUUUAAUAUAGAAUGCUCAAUCCCUAUUUAAGACAAAGAACUUUGGUUACGUAGAGCUAUAAAACUUAUCAAUAAUCAAUACUCAAUUUAUAAACUCAUCACUCUUUAACUUUAAUGCAUUUAGCUUAAUUGGAAGUAUUAGAAUCAAUUAAUUAUACUUAUUGAAUUGUAAUUUUACUAACUCAAUUUUAUUUGAAUUCUCUUACGUAUAAUUUCCAAUUUAAUUCAUUAACCUUACUUUGGACAAAUGUUCGCUAUAAAAUUCAUCAAUUUUUAAAUUUUUUGCUAAUAACCCUUUGGAUAUUUAAAUAUAUCUUGCAAGUGUAUCAAUUUUUAGAUCUAAUUUUAAUAAUUCUUAUUUUUUUUAUUGUUCAUAAUAAGUUGAUGUUAUUGCAAAUAAUUUAGUCUUCAAUUUCAAUUAAUUAUUGGAUUCUAUUAUAUUUGGAUUUAGUUCUGGUUUAGAGUCAACUUAUAUUCAAAUUAAUAACAAUAUAUUUAUUGAAUCCUCAUUUAUGUCAACAAUAUAAAUGAUAAGCCAAUAAUUUGUAUCUUGCAAUUUAAUGUACUUAAAAAUAAGGAAUAACAAAUUCCAAAAUUCAAAUUUGUUUCGAUUUUUUUCUUAAUUUCAGUCAAGUGAUCUCCUUAUAAGGUUAGACAAUGUACUUAUUGAAUAUAAUGAAGGAUUAAUUACUCUCAAUCAAGUAAGUUACUUGUUUAACAUCAAUGGCAAGACCAUUAUUUUGAACCACUUUUCAAUUUAUUAAACCAAAAAUGUUUAUAUUCUCUAUUUUUUUGACAGCCAGAAUAUAGAAUUAGAAAACUUUGUUUUUGAGAAUUCUGAAAUCGAAGAAAAGGUAUCCGUCUCAAUCAAUUGCUUAUUAAAUCAAAAUUUUCAAAACCAAAUAAUAUCGAUAAUUGGGUUUAAUACAGUUUCUCUAUCUAAUUUUAAAAUACAUUCUAUCUAAAGUAUGGAUCAAUCAAUAAUUAAAAUCAUGUCUAGUAACUAAUAUUUCUAAGAAUAAACAGGUUAGGUAACAAUAAUAAAUGUUGAGUUUAAUGGAAAUCUUCUACAAUCGCUGAAUGAAAUCAUAUAUUUUUCACUUCUUACACUUAUUUCUGAUAGAACCCUUGAUAUUUUAAUUAAAAAUGUAGUAUUUCAAAAUAAUAUUAUGCAUACCUACAACCAAAAUUCUUUAAAGGAUUCAGCAGCAUUAUUAUAUAUCUCUACUUUUUCAAGUAUAAUUCUAAUAGAAAAUUUAUAAUGCAAAUAUAAUGCAAUGACAAAUUCUUCCAAUUCAUUCAUUUAUGUUGAUUCUAAAUCCUUAAAAAUGAACAAUAUUUAGGUAAGAUUUCACAAUAUUCUCCCUCUAAACAUUUGGAACAAUUAUUAUAAUUUGAUUUAAGUGAGUUAAGACUAGAUUUAGUCACUAAUUAAAUAGAUUUAUUAAAUAAAAACUAUUGGAGGUGCAGCAUAUAUUUAAACAUCCAAUUUUAUAUGUAUCAACUCGUCUUUUGCGGAAAUAAUGGCUGCAAAAAUUUCAGUAUUUGAGAUUGUCACUUCAAGCGAUGGAACAAUAGAGAUGUAAAAUUUAUCUAUUUUGUAAAUAAGAAAUAGUGUUUAGGAAAAUGUUGAAAGCGCAGGGUGUUUAAGUAUUAAUGCUAUUAAUAGUUUCUUGAAUCUUUAAAUUAAAAAUGCUAGAUUUUAGAAUAUUCAAAAUAGAAUGUCCUCAUCAAUAAUAACAAUAAAUCCUUCAUUACUUAAAAACAAAUUGAUAUUCUAAAAUAUGUCGAUAAUUGAUUGUGUUUCAUUAAAAAAUUAGAUUGUUAAAAUUUAGUUUAUUUCUUAAGCAAAUAAAUAACAUUCCAUUUCAUUUAUAGAUUUAAUGAUUUUCUAAAGUUAAGAAUCUUGGGUAAAUUUAUUUUAGAAUAUCGGUAUUUUGUCUGAUUCUGAAAUCCUCGAAAUAACUGGAAAAGAUAACGCAAUAAUAAAUUUAGAGAGUUGUGAUGUUACUAUAAAAAAUCUUAUUUUUGAAGGGAUGCUUUUUUCUAGUGUAAUUAUUUUAAAUAAUAUAAAUACAUUAAAUAUGGUCAAUUGCCAUUUUUAUUAUGUAUAGAACGUAUACACAUAAAAUAUAAUUGUGAUUAGUUAGACGGUAUAAUAAAAGUACUACGUUUCCUUAAGAUCUUUCAUUUUUUAAAAUGGGUCUAUGUAUUUUGCUUAUAAUUUUCCAAAUUAAGAAUACAUAUAAAUAUAGACCACUUAUUUCUUUUCUGGGUGUUCUAUAUAGAGCUUUUCGGUUCAAUCUUUAUAAAAAAAUUACUUUUACAGCAAUAUGAUAUAAUUACUAAAAUAAAACUAAUAGCAAACCUCGAUAUUAUAUGUUAGGAGCUAGUCAAACUUAGGUGUCUUUAUUUUUGAUAAGAUCAAAUUUACAAAUAAUAAUUAUUCAGCAAGUUAAUAGGGAAUCAUCCACUUUGAUGACAUCAAUUUUAAGAAAUUCCAAAUUAUUAGAUUUGAUUGUCAUUCUAAUAUUAUCAACAAAUAUGGAUGUUUAAAUAUUAUUGGAAAUUAAAAUGCUUCAAAUGUUUUAGAAAUUAAAAAUUCAAAUUUUAUUUCAAACCUUGGAACUUAAGGAAUUGCAAUAAAGAGUAGCGAUAUUCUAUUAAAUUUAAUCCAAUGUAAUAUUAUUUCUAACAUUGCGCUUUCAUAAGGUGGAGGUUUAUAUUUGCAACUUUUCACUAAAAAAUUCUUCAUUUCUAAAACUAUCAUAAUUUGUAAUAAAGCACAAGAAGGAGGAGGAAUUUAUUUUGAUUUGGAUAAUGAUCUCUCCAUCAAAACCUAAGUUUAGACUUUCAUUUAUUUCAAUCAGGCUGAAAUAUAUGGAAAUAAUCUAGUUGAAAACCCCAGUUAUCUGUCACUAUAUAUCAAUUCAAAAGCAAUGGCUGCUGUAGAAUCUACAAUAAACAAUAUUUCAACUAGUAUCCUCAGAAUAAAUCCAUAUGUAGUAAUGGAACAAGGAAUUAGAAAAUAGACUGAAAUGCUCAUGAUUCCUAGUACAUAAAUAAUCGAUACUUAUUAAAUAUUUUUUGUCAAGAAGGCCUAAUAUUUAACAUACAUUAAAAGUUUGAACAUUUAUUUCAAAAAUAGCAAGGGAGAACUACUCCAUAAUAUUUAUAAUUCAACUUGUGUAGUAUCAGAUUACAUAGUAACCAAAGGAUAGGAUGAUAAAUAAAAAUCUUCUUCUAAUUAACUCCUCCAGUUUUAAGCAGAGAAUAAUAAUUUUGAACUGACUACUUUAUCUUUUAGACUUGACCCUUAUUUAAAAGAAAAUCGUCACUUAGAAAUUUAAAUAUUUUGCUAAACUCAAUAAUCACAAAAUGGUCUUAAUUAUAUCAUUAAUGCAAAAAGUUUUAAAUGUUAGUUAGGAGAAUUUUAUAUUGAAGAGGGCUGUUAGACUUGUAAAUCUAGCCAAGGAUUUUAUAGUGUAACUUAUGAUGCAAUUAAAUGUUCAGUUUUUGAUAAAACUAAAUUUUAGAAUAUAACUUCUAAUAUGAUAAAUUUGCAAAAGGGGUAUUGGAGACCUAAUUAUCUAUCAGAUGCUAGUGAAAAAUGCUACAAAAAUACAGAAGUUUGUUUAGGAGGAUGGUAAGUAGGAGAUAGCACAUGUAGUUAAGGUCACAUUGGUGCACUCUGCGAAAUGUGUGAUUUAUAUAAUAUAAGAGGACAAGGGUAAUUUUUUAAAAAUUAAUAAAAUGUAUAUUGUGUUUCAUGUUCAAAUGAGGAGAGCAGCAUUCUUCCUUUUGUCUUUGCUUUAAUUUAGUAUAAAAUAUUGUUAACUUUAGGGCAAUAUUAUCCAUUUCGUUAUCACUCAAAAGCAUCAACAAAUCAAAUUCUUUAUUCAACUAGCUUACAGUUUUUUAGAAAACUUUUAGUAAAAUACUAUUUACAUUCAAUUAAGGUAAUUAUAAAUUUACAUUUAGAUCAUGAGGGUAUAUUAAUUAAGAUUUUAUUAAACUACUUAUGGAUAUUUUCUUCAAUAUUUACUUUUAAUCUUAGGUUUUCAUUUUCUAUCUUCUUUAUUGAACAAUCAAGUAAUAGCUUUUAUUUUAUGGUAAAUAAUUUAGAUUGCUAUUUGUCAGAUUUAUCAAUGCAUUUAAUCUACGCUUAAAUUAUUUUUAUAUUAUUAUUGAUGCUGCUACAGUUUUAUGUUACGCUUAUUAUUUCCUUUAUUUAUUAUCAAUUAUCUUCAUAAUAAAUGGAGAGAAGUAUAAUUUCAAAUACCCUUCUUUGCUUAUAUGUUUUUAAUUACGGAGGAUUAAUCAAAUUGUAAGAUUUAGUUUAUAAAUUAGGUUAUGCUCUAAGCUGUCUGUUAGAUAAAUAUCAAAUAUUGAUUACAUUUAAGGAGAUGUUUCAUUAUUAUUUGAUAGUUAAGAACACUAUUUGUGGAUCUAUUUUCUAAUCAUACCUUUAUUACUAAUAUUUGGUUGCAUUAUUCCAUUUUCAUUAUUUUUAUUGAUGUUUCGAAAUAGAUUUCGCCUAUUCAAACUAAAAUUUAGAAAACAUAUCUGUUAUUUAUUUAAUGAGUACAAUGAAAAACAAUAUUUUUGGGAAUAGAUUAAGUUGAUUUAGAAGACAUUUAUAAUAUUAGUAAUAACUAAUUUUGAAAACAAUGUGUUAUUAAAGACAACUUUACUAGGCAUAUGCUUAGAAAUAUAUUAAGUCUUAGCUAAUAAUAGUAAACCUUAUAUUAUUUCGAAAUUUAAUAAUUUAGAUUUAGAAUCAGGGUAAAUUUGCUUAAUAGCCAUUUUUCUUGCAGCUACUAAAUAUGAAACUUAAGUCCUACAAAAUGAUUUUUUUUCCAUGUUACUUUAAAUCAUUUUGAUUAUAUUAUUAUGUCGACUAGGUCUUCCUUUUAUUAAAGAGAUUGUCAUUAUUUAUUCCAAAAAAUAUUCCUUACCAAUUUUGACAAAGUUCCAUCCGGCGUUGAAAUAAUCAAAUAUAAAGUUGUUUAAAUUUAUUGGAAUGUAAUUGGAUUAAGAAUUGGAAAAAAGAAAAAAAUUAUAAAUGAAUAUUUAAAAAAUAAGAUUUUUCUUAUAAACUAAGUUUGGAAGAGGAAAAGAAGUAAUGUAAUUAUUUUAUUUAUUGUAAGAUUUUUUACCAAAAGAACAAUUCUUAAAUCGAAUACAAAUAGCAAGGCAUCUUUUAUCGAGAUUAAUAAUUAAUUAUAAAUUUGA